AAAUGGGGCUGGCCCAUUGCAAGUGCCACCAAUGAUGUGGCUCGUCUGCACGAGUAGUAAGUAACAACAGGAGGCCAUGCAUAUGCUGUGUGUACUGUGCAGAUCAAGAGGGUUGGGGAGAGAAAGAGAAAAUGAAAUCAUUCAGUGCAGUGAGUGGAUGUGUCAUCUGAGAUUUCUGCUCCAUUCCAACUACAAAUGUGAGAAUGUGACGAGUCGGGAGAUCAGGAGGGUUGUAGAAACGGAGGCGGCCAACACCUUCACAGAGGAGCAGCAGUCUGGUGUGGCGCACUACAUGGCCCAUUCAACCUCCGUUGCAAAGCAACAUUAUCGGAUGAGGACACUUCACAAGACUGUUGUCACUAGCAACCUGCUGCAGAGCUUAAGAGGAUCUUCUCCUGAGGAUUCAACUGACGGGAGGGCUGGUCAGUCACAGAAGAGAGGCAGAGAGGAAGAGACUGAUUCGGAAGAGAAAGAAACGGAGAACAUGACAGCGUUUCUCUCCAAAUUCCCCGUAACAUUGAAUGGGCAGCCUCCAUGCAAGCGGAUCAGAGUCAGUGCUGGGUUCAGUGAAGGCAGGGUGCUGUAUGACAGGUGGAGGGUUAUGCAGCGUGGCAUGCGGGAGGAUCAUCUCUUGUCCGUGUUUGUGAGACGAGCACCCACGGUUCAGACUGUGGCAAGGCGCAUCGAGAAGGAGGGCUGGAGUGGCAACACUCCCCAAGCACAGCUGGUAGUGUCCAAGUGGCGUCCACCCACUCAGACACAGGUGGAAAGUGACCCAAGGAUCAUAAAGAAGGUCACCACUCAGAAGUGGUCAGGUCUGACCAUCAAGGAUUUUGGUGAGCCAAAGGGGAAAGGAGUUGUUGCCACCAAGCGCUUUUCAAAGGGCUCCGUAAUCUGCGAUUACCAUGGCAGGGUAAUCACAAAGGCAGAGGGGAAAAGAAUGAUGCAGAGCAUGGACAAUGAGAUGGGCUACCUUUUCUUCUUUCAAGAGCUCUGCGUGGACGCCCAGACGUUCCCCUGUGAGUGUCAUCCGCACACGGAGACAGUGGGACGGCUCAUGAAGCACUCGAAGAAAAGGUUCAACGCAAAGCCCCGUCGCUGCAAGCUAAAGCUACCCCAAGGAGAAACAGACACCAUCCUCCUCCUGGCCAGCAAGGACAUCGAAGUGGGUGAGGAGAUCCGCUUUGACUACGGCGUGUGCAGGCAGUCAUUCUCAGGGGAAGGACUGGACCUGGAAUGGCUGGAUUCUUGAUCCAGCACUGUACAGUGGUGAGGCAUUUAUAUCAUUUGUUUUCUGUUACUAGUCACGUUCAGACUUCAAGUCUGUGCUGUUACUGCUGUACAUCAUGUUAACCCCUGUGUGUCCCUCUAUCUCCCCUCUGAACACCCACGACAUGGCAGUAAACACACAGAUCCAUUUUGACCAGCAGACUGUGAUCUGAACAGAGGGGAGACUGAACCACAACCGAGAGAAAAUCCUGUAUACUCACUGUGGGGUCUCCCUUCUAACCAGUGUCUCUCUCCCCUCCAACUUCUUGUGAGUGCCUCUGGACUGGAGUUCACUGUUUCCCACUGGUGGAGCUCCAAACUACUGUUACAACCCAGCUCAGGGGUUACAACAAAAUCCUCAAAAAAAAUACCUUCAAAAUAUUACAUAAUCAAUUUACAGCUGUGGAUCAUGUGACAGUGUCAACAAUCCAAUAAUGUAACCUGACCUGCUUGUCACCUAACACAAACGUCCUCGGCAACUCUGGUACCUGAGAAGUUAUUUAAGAGUAAGGCUGAAGAGGAGACAAAGCAAGAGCAGAGUACAAAUAUUACAUGAACACAGUUACACAAGACCCACUCCAACCUAGCCCUCUAAGGCAGAGGCGCCCUCGACAAAGCGUCUGCCAGGAUAUUAUCUUGCCCUUUAAUGUGGCGUAUGUCUAAAUCAUGACCCCGUAAAAAGAGAGACCAUCUGACUAGUCGUAGUGAAAUUUCUGCAAAAACUUCUAUAAUAACCGACUAGACCCAAAAACCGCUGGAGUUCUUUCUUUGUAGUAGGCUGUGGGAACUCGCACACAGCCAGCACCUUGGCCUGCACAGGAAAAACUUUACCCUGACCAACCACACGGCCCAGGUAAGUAACAGUGGCUCUAGCAAACUCACAUUUGGUCAAGUUUACUGUCAACUGUGCUUCAGCCAACCUCGCAAACAAAUCUUUUACUCAUUGCAGAUGUGAAUGCCAUGUGUCACUAUACACAACCAGAUCAUCUAAAUACACUGAACAGCCGUCUAAUCCGUGCACAACCCGGUUCAUUAGAGGCUGAAAGGUGGCCGGAGCGUUCUUUAAACCAAAGGGCAUAACGGUGUAUGAGUAGAGACCUGCAGGAGUAACGAAAGCAGCAAUCUCUCUCUCGCGCGCCCCGACAAGGGAACCUGCCAAUACCCCUUCAGAAGCUCAAACUUUGACACAAACUUGGCAGAACCCACACUAUCUACACAAUCUUCCAUGCGUGGCAACGGGAAUGAAUCGGAUUUAGUGACAGAAUUAACCUUCCUCAUGUCUGUGCAAAACCGCAGUCUGAUCUAAUUUCAGGUGUAACAACCGGGAAUGCAGAUAACACAAAGACUCAGAAUUCUUUAACCUACCACUCAACAGACUGUUAUCAGGCUCAGGAACGCCGUCUUUCUCCUGCACCACAGCACAGGCGUCCACGGCGAGCGCUGGACCCAUGUCACUUUUUACGCACUCACCUCUGGUAAUACGGCUUCAGCAGGUUCACAUGAUAUAGCAGAGACGACCUUCUUCGACCUGGUGUAGCGACACAAUAGUUAACACCAGAAACUUUUUCAGACACAGUAUACGGGCCAAGAAAUUUAGCCU